CUCCUUAUCCCGGCCUCGCCAAAGUUUUUCCCCUUCCUCGUUUCGGAGUUUUUUGGUUUUCCUGGUUUUUUUUGUAUUUUUUUUUUUUUAGCGUUUUCUCGCUGAGGAGAAGUAAUAAAAAAGUUUUUUGCAGGCUUCUCGCGGUUCUUCUCCGCUCCGCUGCCGGUGGAGACUUCGUUUCUCCGAGUUUUUACUUUUUCAACCCUUCCCUGCCCCUUAACGCUUAACUUUUUAAUUUUUUUUUGUUUUGUUUUUUAAUACUUUUUUUCGCCCCCUUGUUCCCCCUCGGCCACUUUCUCGCAUGAAUCUCCUCGACCCUUUCAUGAAAAUGACAGAAGAACAGGACAAAUGUAUCUCCGACGCCCCCAGCCCCACCAUGUCGGAUGACUCCGCCGGGUCCCCCUGCCCCUCUGGAUCCGGCUCGGACACGGAGAACACCAGACCCCAAGAGAACACCUUCCCCAAGGGGGACCCGGACCUGAAGAAGGAGAACGACGAGGACAAAUUCCCGGUGUGCAUCCGGGAGGCGGUGAGCCAGGUGCUGAAGGGCUACGACUGGACCCUGGUGCCGAUGCCGGUGCGGGUGAACGGCUCCAGCAAGAACAAACCGCACGUCAAGAGACCCAUGAACGCCUUCAUGGUGUGGGCACAGGCGGCCCGCAGGAAGCUGGCGGAUCAGUACCCGCACCUGCACAACGCCGAGCUCAGCAAGACCCUGGGCAAGCUCUGGAGGCUGCUGAACGAGAGCGAGAAGCGCCCGUUCGUGGAGGAGGCCGAGCGGCUGCGGGUGCAGCACAAGAAGGACCACCCCGACUACAAAUACCAGCCCCGGCGGAGGAAGUCUGUGAAGAACGGGCAGGCGGAGCAGGAGGAGGGCGCGGAGCAGACCCACAUCUCCCCCAACGCCAUCUUCAAGGCGCUGCAGGCAGACUCGCCCCAGUCCUCCUCCAGCAUCAGCGAGGUGCACUCGCCCGGGGAGCACUCGGGCCAGUCCCAGGGGCCCCCCACGCCCCCCACCACCCCCAAGACGGACCCACAGCCAAGCAAGCAGGACCUGAAGCGCGAGGGCCGCUCGCUGGGCGAGGGCGGCCGGCAGCCGCCGCACAUCGACUUCCGCGACGUGGACAUCGGCGAGCUGAGCAGCGACGUGAUCUCCAACAUCGAGACCUUCGACGUCAACGAGUUCGACCAGUACCUGCCGCCCAACGGGCACCCCGGGCAGCCCGGCCAGGUCACCUACACGGGCAGCUACGGCAUCAGCGGCGCCGCGGGCACGCCGCCGGCCGCCGGCCACGUGUGGAUGUCGAAGCAGCAGGCGCUGAGCGCGGAGCAAGGCCCGCAGCAGCAGCAGCAGCAGCAAAGGACGCACAUCAAGACGGAGCAGCUGAGCCCCAGCCACUACAGCGAGCAGCAGCAGCACUCCCCGCAGCAGCAGCAGCAGCAGCAGCAGCAGCAGCAGCAGCAGCUGGGCUACGGCUCCUUCAACCUGCAGCACUACAGCUCGUCCUACCCCAGCAUCAGCCGCGCUCAGUACGAGUACGGCGAGCACCAGGGCUCCUCGGGCUCCUACUACAGCCACGCCGGGCAGGGCAGCGGGCUCUACUCCACCUUCAGCUACAUGAGCCCCACGCAGCGCCCCAUGUACACGCCCAUCGCAGACACGGCGGGGGUGCCCUCCAUCCCCCAGACCCACAGCCCGCAGCACUGGGAGCAGCCCGUCUACACGCAGCUCACCCGGCCCUGA